GUUUUCCUAUUACUCAUUGAAUACAGCAAAAUGAGAACUGGAUUCUAUAAAAUUGAUUUGAACAAAACAGAAUGGGAAGUCCCAGACAGUUAUCAAAUGCUAUCACCUGUGGGCUCAGGUGCAUAUGGACAAGUGUGCUCGGCAGUUGACUCAAAAACAGAGAACAAAGUAGCAAUUAAAAAACUUGCCCGUCCCUUCCAGUCUGCCAUUCAUGCUAAAAGGACUUACAGAGAACUAAGGCUAUUGAAGCAUAUGAAUCAUGAGAAUGUUAUCGGACUUCUAGAUGUCUUCACCCCUGCUUCUUCAUUGGCUGAUUUCCAGGAUGUUUACAUGGUAACUCAUCUGAUGGGUGCUGACCUAAACAACAUAGUGAAAACACAAAAGCUCUCAGAUGACCAUGUUCAAUUCUUGGUGUAUCAAAUCUUGCGUGGACUAAAGUACAUUCAUUCUGCUGGAAUUAUACAUAGAGAUUUGAAGCCUUCCAAUAUUGCAGUCAAUGAAGACUGUGAGCUCAAAAUCUUAGAUUUCGGUUUAGCCCGACCGACCGAAACCGAGAUGACAGGUUACGUUGCGACACGGUGGUAUCGGGCUCCAGAGAUUAUGUUGAACUGGAUGCGAUACUCUCAAACUGUUGACAUUUGGUCUGUCGGGUGCAUCAUGGCAGAAUUACUUACUUCAAGAACGCUUUUCCCAGGAACUGACCACAUACAACAACUCAACCUAAUCAUGGAACUGUUGGGUAAACCAUCAGAAGAAUUCAUGGACAAGAUUAGCAGCGAUUCGGCCAGAAACUACAUACGUUCACUUCCGCCGAUGAAAAGAAAGGAUUUUAAACAAGUGUUUAAAGGCGCCAGCCCUUUGGCCAUCGAUUUAUUGGAGAAAACGCUUGAACUUGAUGCAGACAAGCGAAUUAACGCCGAAGAAGCUUUAGCUCAUCCAUAUUUAGCGCAAUACGCCGAUCCAAGCGACGAACCCGUAUCCCACCCUUACGAUCAGUCCUUCGAAGACAUGGACCUAACUGUCGAGGAAUGGAAAGAACUUGUCUACAAGGAAGUCAUUAACUUUGUCGAAUCGAUGGCAGUAGCUGGUUCCGAAAAACUGAUCGACACCGAGUGAAAUACUUCUUUUGUUUCGUUUUUGACCGUUUUUAUUUUGACUGUGUUGCUUUAGAUUUUAAACUUUAAUUGACAUCCUACUGCAUUUGAAAUUUGUUGACUCCUUUGAAUCCUGUGCGCCUUUUACGACUAGCAAUAAAUUGUUAAGGACGGUUUUUAAAAUGCUUCUAAAAGACAAACCAUCGAAUUGUGUUAUGCUAUCUCAUGCAACCCGUAGGCUGUAAUAUGUAUCCACCUGGUUUAAGAUAUUGCUGCAGAUGUUUUUUUUUUCCCAGUCCCAUUAGUUUUUUCUCUGAUGCCUCCGUCGAUCUUUAUAUAUUCUAAACAAAUAGCAAAAACUUAUUUGUAGCGUGAACAGCGUUGUCGAUGUAUGGCAAGAGAAGAAAAAUUUAAUAAAAUAUUAUUGCAACCCA